AUGGGUCCACCUCCCUCGCCAUAUCCGCCGCAGGGCAGUCCAGGUAUGCCUUACAGCCCCCCUAGCGCCAGUACUGCCCCAAGCCAAUCCUCCCAUUUGAGUUUUAUGGGCUUCGUCGGAGUCCGCCCAGACAACCUUGAAUUGAUUGGGAAUGCCCUGCAACUGGUCGAGAGCUCCUUCACCCUCAGCAGUGAACUUAUUCAACGGGCACAGCCACUAAUACAGAAGAAUGCACCCUUGCGAUCUUGCUAUUGGCCCUCCACCGUGCCCCCCCCCCCCCCUCAGCAGCCAUCUGCAAUCCCCGUUGCGGAGCCAACUGCGGCCCACUCAACGCCGGACCCCUCGCAGGGCUAUAGUACGGAUUUCAAGGCCCACCUCCAAAACACCGUACACAAAGUCCUGCUCCGAGUGGACCUUCAGUCCUAUGGCAGCUGGGCAUCCCGUCGCUUGAAGGUGUUGGACACACUGUUCAAUCGCGUCACCAUGAGUACCCAUCCUGUGACUCAGACCAAUGAUGAAACUGCCUGA